UCAAGCACGUGCAGAUAUACGCUAAACAUGAAACUAUUAUUCCUGUCAGCAAUUGCAGCGCUCCUAGUGGCCACUUGCUAUGGUGGAUAUGGCUACGGGGGCCAUGGAGGAUAUGGCUAUGGGGGCUAUGGUGGAAUUAGCGGUGGAAGCCAUCCUGGAUAUGGAUAUUCUCAUGCCUCUUACUUCCUGAGGAACCCUAAGGGUGGCUAUGGUUUCGGCGGACCUGGAAACGCGGGAGUACAUGGGGCACACGGUGGCUAUGGACACGGUGGUGGAUAUGGGUACGGUGGCGGAUAUGGAUACGGCGGUGGAUAUGGAUACGGCGGUGGAUAUGGAUACGGUGGCGGAUAUGGAUACGGUCGCUGAGGAAGUAAUAAACCAACUGGCUGAGGUGGAUACGCUGCUAACAUAGGCCAGUAGACCCAGUGCUCUACUCCUCUGUUUAUAUAUAGAGGAUACACUGUCAGGCAUUUGACGUUAAGAAACAUUGAAAAUAAAUAUAUUUAU